GACUUUGUUCCUGUUCAUCUCUUCUUCUUCUUCCACGUUCCCAAACACAAAAUCAAAAUCAACUCUUUUUCUUUCAACCUUCAUCUUCUUUCUCUCUCCUAAUGGUUCUUCUAGAAGCUUCAAAGUUAACCCUUCCAACCCCUUCUCUCUCUUCAACAAAUCCAACAACAUCUUCAAUCCUUUUUGAACCUUCUUCUCUUUCUCUUUCAAUCACUCACUCCAACUCUUCAAUCUCUCUCUACCCUUCUCUCUCUCCUCUUUCUCUCUCUUCUUCUCUUCAAUUCCCUCAAACCCUAAUCCCAAAACCCACUUCUUCUUCCACUUUUCUCAUCCUCCAACAAAAUUCAUCAAACCCUAAUUCCACAAACCCUAAUUCUGUUAUCUUCAUUGUUUGUGGACCCCACAAAUCGGGAUCACAAAUUCUGCUUAGGUUUUAUGUUUUGAAUAGAAAAAAUAAUGCUUUUUCUAAGGUUAAUCGUGUUUUAUGUGGUGGGUCAGGUAAUGGGUUAUUGAGAUUUGAACGUGAAUUGGGGGUUUUGAUGAAUGUGAAACAUGGGGUUUCUGUUAAGGUUGUUGGUGAUGUUAAUUAUUUCGCUGUUUAUUCGGUUUCGGGGUUUAAAGUUUGGGUUUUUGCUGUUAGGAUGGUUGAGGAGGGUGAAGAUGGUGGUGGUUUUGGGUUGAGGUUGAUGAAGUGUGCUGUGAUUCGUUGUUUGAGACCGGUUUGGUCUUUGAGUAUUUCUUUUGGGUUUUUGAUUCUUGGUGAAGAGAAUGGAGUUAGGGUUUUUGGGUUGAGGAGGUUGGUGAAAGGGAAUGUGGUUGUUAGGAGAGUUGGGAAUUCGAAAUCGAGUUUGAAGCAGUUGGCGAAUGGUGAUCGAGGAGGGAAAUGUCGUGGUGGUGGUGAUAAGGUUUUGGAGGGAAAUUGCAAUGGUGGAUUUGAGGGGAAGAUUGAAAAACAUGGAGUUGCUGUGAGGCAGUCAAAUGUUAAAUCUAAGCAUGGCAAUAGAGACGGAGGUGCAUGUUUUUUGGCAUUGAAGGGAAAUGAGGUUGAAACAAAAUCCAUGUCAAAGGUAUCCAAGUCCGUGAAAGCUAUUUCCAUUAAGGCUUUGUCCCAAAAGAUGUUUAUGAUCUUGGACUCCCAUGGAGAUUUACAUUUGCUAUGCUUGUAUAAUUCUGGCUUUGGAGUAGAUAUCACUGGUCAUGUGAGGCAAUUGCCUCAUGUUAUGAAAGUGAAAAGUUUGGCAGUUCAUCCUGAUAUAUCUGCAACAUCUCAAACUAUCUGGAUAUCAGAUGGAUGCCAUUCUGUUCACAUGUUCACUAUGGACAUGGAAAAUGCUUUAAAUGUAGCAGAUGUAAAUGAUGACGGUGAUGAAAAGCUUAUGCAUCUCCAAGUUACUCAAGUUCUUUUCUCCAGUGAGAAGAUCCAAGAUAUCAUUCCUAUAGCUUCAAAUUCCAUUAUGAUUCUUGGACAAGGAAGUUUAUAUGCAUAUGCUAUUUCCUGAAGUUGCUUCAAAUUUUCAUCUUUUUUCAUCUGGAAAUCAAUCAUCUUGGCUCGCUUGACGUUCUAAUGCAUACAUGUGUGGUUCCAGGGAUAUAUUCCAUCUUUCAUAUUAGGUGCUCUGGUUGCCUCACUACAGUGCAUCCUUAAGAUACUGGUGAUCUCGAAAGAUUAUCGGAUUCACGGGACUGGUUAGAUAUCCGUGGCAUCAAAUUCAACAGCUCAAAGCUAUCUGUCCUGCAAAACCUGUCACAGCAAACUUCAAGAUACAUGAAUACAACAUAAAUGUUGGAUGUUCAUCAAACUUGUUUAGUACAAAUCUUCUGGAGGUUGGCUGAAAUCAUGGUUUUCUUGCCAAAGAACUGAGCAGGGUUGAUAUGAAGACAUGAUCUUGGCAAUUUUGCUUCUCUGCUUGUUGGAAUAGUUUUUAUUUGAUUACAAUUUUCUCAUUCUAGCUGUGUUUGGUUCUUUCAUGAAAGAUGUUUUGUGGUGUUGGAGGUUUAUUUUAGGUUUAUUUUAUUUUAUUUUUUUAAAAUAGUUGAUGUAAUAAUAAUCAAAUGAUCAUGUUGAUCACCUUUUAUGUUUUGUUGUCUUUACAUGACAAUCCAGAUAAUUUUAAUGCUUUUUCAAUUAUGAUGAA